AUGGCUGCUCACGCGAAGCGAUGCUUUCCUGAUGAUUUUAUGGGUAAUGGCGCACUGGCUGCGAAUAUUCUCAAAGUAGUUGUCAAUUUCACUUGUCUGUGGCUCUGGGGCCUGGCGGUAUUUUUCUUCUUCAUUGCGACUUUUGCUCACUGGUCGACCAUCGGCCCAGGUCGAAUGAAUUUCUCAAUGGCAUGGUUCUCGUUUGUCUUCCCCAACACUGCCUUGAUCACUGCCACGUUCGCUAUUGGGAAUGCUUUCUCAUGCAAGCCCAUUCUGAUCAUAGGGUGUGCCAUGAUCUUUCCUCUCAUACUAAUGUAUAUCUUCGUCUUUUACAUGAUGAUUCGCGCCAUCGUGUUACGGCAAAUUAUGUGGCCACAGAAGGGCGAGGACAAGGAUGAGGGUGGAUUUGAGAUAAAUCAAAUCAAGCCUGAAUCGCCUGGUGAACAAACUCCUGUCUGA